CUUCCGUCGCCGCGUCCCUCCCCGCGCCGCUCUCCCGUUGCUGGGCGCUAAAGCAAACCCCAGCUCUGUUUACCGAGUCUACUAUUACAAUACAGCUACCAAAUAUUUGCCAGCCGUCAGCUUGCUGCUCCGCUAUAAAUACUUCAGGCCCAGGUGGAGGGACGGGAAGGGGGAGCGGCGCGGGAGCCUAUGCAUGGCCGGGCGGCAGCGCCAAGGGUGAGUCCGGGCCCCGGGGUGCCCCUGCGCACUGACAUGGCUGCGGGCGUCAUCCGGCCCCUGGCCGAGCUGCGGCUGCCCUCACCCUUCCCACAUGGCCUGCUGCUGCCCGCGCACCCCGAGCCCAACUUUCCUGACCUCUCUGAAGAGGAGGAGGAGGAGGAAGAGGAGGAGGAGGAAGAGGAGGCAGCAGAGGAGAGUGUGAGGCCAGACACCCCCGACUUCAGCGACCUCCUGGCCAACUGGACGGUGGAGCCGGGGCUGGAGCUGCCAGGCGCCGGGCGGGAGCUGCCACCUGAGCCGGGCCACCCAGAGCUGGAGGCCGAGCCCUUUGCUGGGCUGUGA